UGAAAUCUUCAAUAUAUUUAAGUCAUCAUUUCCUUUAAUACAAUAGUAAUUUACCUUAAUUAAUAAUGCAGUCUCUUGUAAAUACUCUGAAAUUUUCGUAUUCAAAAAUCAACAUACAACCAGUUCGUCAUCGAUAUUGGAAAGAUCAACAAGGCGCUCGACCAUUAAUUCGACGAUAUGGUUAUAAUGAUGAUAAAAUUCUCCAGUCAGGGCUAUUGCCACGAUCGGCCGAUGAAACAAAACGAUUACCAAUGCCCAUAUACAAGCCUAAAGAUGUUUGGAAUGAACGCAGAGCUCUUUUUGGACAAAAUGAUUACAUUGAUAUUUUAGGAGAUGAUUCUGUGCAUCCUGUCCGAGUACUAUACAAUGUGCCAUCCUGGUUGAGAGGAGUAAAAGGCAAUGAAUUUCAAAUAUUAUUAAGGAAGAGAAAGAUGUUACAACAUGGUGUAUAUCCAGUGGCCAGACCAACAAAGUGGAGUCAAAUGCAAAAACGAAUUAAAUAUUUGUAUACUUUCUUGAAUAGAAAAACUAGAACUGGAAUGGAAAAAUAAUAACUUAAUAUGUUAAGAAAAAAAAAAAAAUAAAUAGUAAUUAAAAUGAUUGGUAUUUUGUAUAA